CUUUUUUUAUCCUAGUGAAUUUGUUUUGAAGGUUUUGAAAAAGAAAACUGGUGUUGUCCAUUCUGUCUGCAUCUUUGAGUGUGAUCUCUGUGGUUUUAAAAGUCCGUAUUUUGAGUGGGUUCCACUGUUGUCUAAGAAAAGUUGUUUAAACCUUUGUUCUGCAAGCCCCAGCAGAGAACUCGUAAAAAGGAAGACAACAGCAGAUGCAAUCGCGGAUGUGGCUUAGUCCUUGCAGCUGCCCCAGAGAGCUGUUCGGAGUGUACAGUCCUCAGUAAUGAAUCCAGAAGAGCGAAUCGUGACAUGGCUUAUAUCUUUGGGAGUUUUAGAUUCUCCCAAAAAGACCAUCUGCGAUCCGGAGGAGUUCUUGAAGUCCUCGCUGAAAAAUGGGGUAGUUCUGUGCAAACUAAUCAACAGACUUAUUCCUGGCUCAGUGGAAAAGUAUUGUCUGGAGCCCCAAAACGAAGCAGACUGCAUCAACAAUAUUAAUGACUUCCUGAAAGGAUGUGCAACCCUUCAAGUAGAGGUAUUUGAUCCUGAUGACCUUUAUUCAGGGGUCAAUUUCUCCAAGGUUCUGAGCACUCUUCUAGCUGUCAACAAAGCAACAGAAGAUCAGCUGUCAGAAAGACCAUGUGGACGUUCCUCUUCUCUUAGUGCUGCUAAUAGUUCUCAGACAAACCCACAGGGAGCAGUUUCUAGCACAGCUCCAGGACUGCAAAGGCAGUCAAAGGCAGUGGAGAUGACGGAAAAUGGAAGUCACCAGUUGAUAGUAAAGGCAAGAUUCAACUUUAAGCAGACUAAUGAAGAUGAACUGUCAGUCUGUAAAGGGGACAUCAUUUAUGUCACUCGAGUUGAAGAAGGUGGCUGGUGGGAAGGCACAUUAAAUGGGAGAACAGGCUGGUUCCCUAGUAAUUACGUCCGAGAAAUUAAAUCCAGUGAGAGACCUCUCUCCCCCAAGGCUGUCAAAGGAUUUGAAACUGCUCCGCUUACCAAGAAUUAUUAUACUGUGGUGUUACAGAACAUCUUGGACACUGAAAAAGAGUAUGCUAAAGAACUUCAGUCUCUCCUUGCUACUUACUUAAGGCCCCUGCAGUCUAAUAACAAUCUGAGUACUGUGGAGUUCACAUCCUUACUGGGAAACUUUGAAGAAGUAUGCACAUUUCAACAGACACUCUGCCAAGCCUUGGAAGAAUGUUCGAAGUUUCCAGAAAGCCAACAGAAAGUAGGAGGAUGUCUACUGAGCCUCAUGCCUCAUUUUAAAUCAAUGUAUCUGGCUUACUGUGCAAAUCAUCCUUCAGCUGUAAAUGUGCUCACUCAGCACAGUGAUGAUCUGGAACAAUUUAUGCAAAAUCAAGGUGCAUCCAGCCCAGGUAUCCUCAUUUUAACCACAAGCCUCAGCAAACCAUUCAUGCGACUAGAAAAGUAUGCUACUCUCUUGCAAGAGCUGGAACGGCAUAUGGAGGAUACUCAUCCAGAUCAUCAGGAUAUUCUGAAAGCAAUCAUAGCAUUCAAAAGUCUCAUGGGGCAGUGCCAAGAUCUGCGAAAGAGAAAACAGCUGGAGUUACAGAUACUUUCUGAACCUAUUCAGGCAUGGGAAGGGGAGGACAUUAAGACCUUGGGAAAUGUGCUUUUUAUGUCACAAGUAAUGGUGCAGUAUGGAACAUGUGAGGAAAAAGAGGAGCGGUACCUUAUGUUAUUUUCGAAUGUUUUGAUAAUGUUAUCUGCAAGUCCUCGGAUGAGUGGCUUCAUCUACCAGGGAAAAAUACCAGUAGCAGGAAUGGUGAUGACUAGAUUAGAUGAAAUUGAAGGGAAUGACUACACAUUUGAAAUCACAGGUAACAUAGUGGAGAGAAUUGUGGUCCAUUGUAACAACAACCAGGACUUCCAGGAAUGGUUGGAGCAUCUGUACAGGCUGAUCAGAGGACCUCCCUCUUGUAGCUCGUUAUCUAAAACAUCAUCAUCAUCAUGUAGUGCUCAUUCUACAUUUUCCCAGUCUUUUAGCUCUACUGGACAGCCCCGAGGACCCUUGGAGCCUCCUCAAAUUAUAAAACCGUGGAGUUUAAGUUGUCUACGACCUGCACCUCCACUUAGACCAUCAGCAGCACUAGGUUAUAAAGAGAGGAUGUCUUAUAUCUUAAAGGAGUCUAGUAAAAGCCCCAAAACGAUGAAGAAGUUUCUUCAUAAAAGAAAGACCGAAAGAAAGCCAUCGGAGGAGGAAUAUGUGAUUAGGAAAAGUACAGCUGCUCUGGAAGAAGAUGCUCAGAUUCUUAAGGUGAUUGAAGCCUACUGUACCAGUGCAAAUUUCCAACAAAGCCAUGGUUCAAGUGCUCGCAAAGAUUCUGUUCCACAAGUCUUACUCCCCGAAGAAGAGAAGCUCAUCAUUGAAGAAACCAGAAGCAAUGGCCAGACCAUCAUCGAGGAAAAGAGCCUUGUUGACACUGUUUAUGCCUUGAAGGAUGAGGUCAAAGAACUGAAGCAGGAGAACAAAAGAAUGAAACAGUGUCUGGAAGAAGAAUUGAAAUCAAGAAGGGACCUAGAAAAGCUGGUCCGGAGGCUGUUGAAGCAAACGGAUGAGUGUAUUCGGGCUGAGUCCAGUAACAAGACCUCAAUUCUUCCAUAACCGUCACUGUGCAGCUGGGCAGAGUGUGCCUUUGGGACACAUUGAAAUGUCUGGCUAGAUGAUUUGACUCAGUUUGCUCACGUCUUUUAAUUUUGUGUUUUAUUCUUUCUGUAUUUCUCAAGUGUGUGUGUGUAUGUCUCUCUCUCUCUGUGCGUGUGUGUGUGUGUGUGUGUGUGUUUGCUUGCUUGGGGUGUGUUUUGUUUGGUUAUUGGUUGGUUGGUUUAUUUUAAAAUGGGGAAAAGCAGAAGGUAGUGGUAUAAGUCGCCCCAGAGUCUUUUCCAUUAAGUAAGAAAAGGAAAGCUAAUGCAGGCAAAUGACUUCAAACGGUCUUCAGAUGGCCUUCAAUUCAUAGUGCUUCUGUAACAACUGUAGCCCUUGGGUGACUCUUGUUGGUCUUGACUGCUGUCCCAGAGCAGCUGGUCAUGGAUUAUUAAUUGUUAAUCUGGCUUUUUCCCCAAAGCUUUCCUUUACUUUGAAGCCCAUCAUCACCCAUGACCAACAAAUUUGCCUGAUGAUCCAGCUGCCCUUCCCUAGCCUGUCAUGUGCCACCCCUCAAUUUUUUUUUACUGCCCUAUGCUGUCUAUAAAACCAAGAAAAAUACAGUAGUGCCCUUAUUCCUUUUUUGUUGGUUUACAUUUUAACUUGGGAAGGUAGAACUGUGGUCAUCCAUGCCAACAUCAAAUCUAUUAGCAAAUUGCAGUAGACAAUCUUCCCUUGAGCAGCAGAGUUGACCAUGUCUUCAUAGUGCAUGAUGAGUUUUUUCCAUAGCCUUCUGCCUAAUGUGUAAGUUUUAUAUUUCCCCAGUGCUUUUAGUCAACCAUACUAAGCAGUGUGUAAACCUAGUAUGUGUGUGCUUUGCUUACUUUUUAAAAAUGUAGUUAGACUGUGAGAGUUAUUUUUGUCUACACUGCAUAUUCAAACUGCAGUCUUUCAUCCUUCAAAACAAUCUGUACUGAGGAGAUAGUGUGCCCUAGUAUACAGCUUAUAUUCACUUUAUUUCUCUCCCAUAUAUGCUGUGAGAAGUUAUAAUAUUCAUUGGCCUCUUCCGGUAACACUCUAAGCAUUAUUUACAGAAAUGUGCUGUUGAUCAAGUUUGUAUAUCCAGAACUAAAGAACCCCUCUGGUAGCUGUAUGCUGGUUACUAGUGAAGUAGAUUAUUUGGAGCUGGUUUACUCAAGUUGCUCAUCAAAUCAACUUGGCAACUUCAUAAAUAUCCCAGAAAUUAGCACUAUGAGAACCCAUAUUUAGAAGACAGUUGCAGAAGGGCAGCACACAUCUAAAUUCGGCACAAUUGAGAGUCUGCUCAAGAUUCUAGGACAGAGCAGUGCACACCACCACCCCCUCCCCUAAAGACCGGUGAAAUUUGGCCAAGUGGGGAAGUUCACUAGAAAGAAAGGUAAAGGGCCAAAGUUGUCUUCCAGAUAGAUUUAAUGGUGCCUGCAAAGGUGGGUUUUGCAAAUGUUGUUUAGAAACCAAACUCGAAGCUUGGAAUCCCUAACUUGCACAAGGAGUCCUUUUCUUUUUGGAUUCUUGGGGUCUCAAGAUCCCAUAGCUACAUGGUACUUGGCUGUUGUCUGCUUGAACACCAUCCACAGGAAGUGGACUCUUCUUGCAGGUCAACAUCAGCCAACCACAAACAGCUGUCUUUGGAAGCUGAAGUUUAGUGAAGAACAUCUCUAGGAAUAGCUGUUCUGUUUUUAAACACAGCAGUUUAGAUAUGACAUCCUUAAAAAUUUUAAAACAGCAACAACCACUCAGAUCUUAGCAUCUGCUCUGUCUGUAGUUAGUCAAUGGCUUGCAAUAAACGUGCAAAUUAUAUCCAUAGGAAGCGUUUUUGUGAUCGCAAAAGACUUUAGUUGAUAAGGUAUAGGAUUGCUUAAAAUAUCGAAAAGGCUGUAUUUUAAAGUGAUGUGUACAUAUGCAUGUUUGGGGACUUGGCCCUUCUGAGGGGCGGCCCUCAGCACUCUGGGUAUGAUGCUUGUGCAGAGUGGUGUCACACGCUCACACACUAAACAAUAAUAUAAAGGAAAUGAAGCCAUGUUAACCUGAGAGCAGUGUCUCCAUAGUUGUGUUGUUUACAAUACUCUGUAAAUGGGUUCCUGUUACCCUGAAAUUAAAUUGCUUUCCUUAGAGGCCUUUCAUGUCCCUUCUUACACAAGCUCAAUUUUUCUAACUUGUUUUUAUUUUGAAGACUUUUCAAAUUGACAUUUUCAAUAAAUAAGAAUAACAAUGCUUUAUAAAAUAAA